ACGAAGAAGAAGGAAGGAGAUCGGCGAGGUACCAGGCCACGACCUGCAACGGGGACUUCCUUAAACGAGGUUAUAUAACUUCCGAAAUUGUGACUUCAUCUUGGCUUUGUGUAAUCUACAAAGAGAAAGGCGUCGAAGAGGAUUCUCUACACCAGAACGUUUUCCGCGAUAUUUUCACUUUGGCACAACAUUUCCUUCAGUUUCACACGGAUCAAUAUGGCUGAUGACUUUGACGUUGAGGCCAUGCUGGAGGCUCCAUACAGAAAGACUUCCCUAAUGAUAUCUCACCUCUACUCCCAUGAAUUCAUCUUUGAUUCCACUGUGAACUGUGAAAAAAAGGAUGAGAACAAGUCCUCUCAUGCAAAUGGACACGAUGACCAGAGCAAGAAGAAAAGGAGGAGUCGGAGCCGAAGCCCGGGCUCCAAAAAGAAGAGGAGCAGAAGCAAAAGCAAAGACAGAAAGAAGACUAAGAAGAGGAGCAAGAGCCGGGAAAGAAAAAGAAGCCGCAGCAGAGAGCGCCAUCGCAGCCGCUCCCGAAGCAAAGAUCGAGCUGGGCGGUACAGAGCACGCAGGAGUCCGAUUCGCAAACGUUCCAGAAGUCGGAGCCCCUUCAAAAAAGAAAAGAGCCCCAUUAGGGCACCAAUUGACAAUCUAACACCAGAGGAGAGAGAUGCCCGCACUGUUUUCUGUAUGCAGCUUGCUGCAAGAAUCAGAGCUCGGGACCUGGAGGAUUUCUUCUCAGCCGUUGGAAAAGUUAGAGAUGUGAGAAUAAUCUCUGACAGAAACUCCAGGAGAUCGAAGGGGAUUGCAUACAUAGAGUUUGUGGAGUCCUCCUCUGUACCUCUGGCAAUUGGAUUGACUGGCCAGAGGCUUUUAGGAGUGCCCAUCAUCGUCCAGGCAUCUCAGGCAGAGAAGAAUAGAGCAGCAGCUGCUGCCAAUAAUCUGCAGAAGGGCAGUUCAGGUCCGAUGCGCCUGUAUGUGGGCUCACUGCACUUCAACAUUACUGAAGAAAUGCUUCGAGGGAUUUUUGAGCCCUUUGGAAAGAUUGAAGGAAUCCAGCUUAUGAUGGACAGCGAGACUGGCCGAUCCAAAGGAUAUGGCUUCAUAUCGUUUGCAGAUGCGGAAUGUGCAAAAAAGGCAUUGGAGCAGCUGAACGGCUUUGAGCUAGCCGGACGGCCAAUGAAGGUGGGGCAUGUUACAGAGCGCUCAGACUCUUCAACAGCCAGCUCGUUCCUGGAUAAUGACGAACUAGAGAGGACUGGUAUUGACCUAGGGACUACAGGGCGUCUACAGCUGAUGGCUCGACUAGCAGAAGGGACUGGUCUGAAGAUCCCACCUGCUGCUCAGCAGGCUCUACAGAUGACUGGCUCCAUACCCUUUGGGGGCAUUGGCGCUCCAGCAGCUGUUCCAACCCCAGCUCCAAGCCAAGCUUUGAACCUCCCAUCUCAGCCACUGGCCACACACUGCCUUCAGCUGUCCAACCUGUUCAACCCACAAGCGGAAAAUGAUCCCAGCUGGGCAGCUGAAAUCCAAGAUGAUGUGAUUGAGGAAUGCAACAAACACGGUGGAAUCGUUCACAUUUAUGUCGACAAGAACUCUCCUCAAGGUAAUGUGUAUGUGAAGUGUCCCUCGAUACCAGCAGCCAUGGCAACUGUAAAUGCACUUCAUGGACGCUGGUUUGCAGGUAAAAUGAUAACAGCUGCCUAUGUUCCUUUACCAACCUACCACAACCUUUUCCCUGAUUCAGUAACAGCAAAGCAGCUUCUAAUGCCGUCACGCCGAUAGUCAAAGACAAGCUUCUGAAGUCUGUAAAUACAUUUGUUUGCAUUCAUGAAAAUGUCAUUGAAACAUUUGCAUUGAAAUUAGUUGGCUGUGUGUAAUAAAAGUGGCCUCAAGUUCACGUUCACCAUUUUGGGGGAAUUUUUUUUUUUUUGUUUAGUUGCUUUUCAAAUUUUUUGUGGGCUUGUGUUGUAAACUACCACUGAGAAGUAAUCUGCAGAUAUCUAUUGGUCUACAUGUUUUUAAAUAUUACUGUCAUAUCUGCUUGUUUAAAUUCAGAACUUUUAGAUUUCAAAUAAAAGUGCAGAGUUAGAAAAAAAAAAAAAGUGUUGGGAUGAUAGGCCUUAAAUGCCAAAAGUACAUCGACAAUAAUCCUUUGUAACUUUAUACAGCCAUAAUUUCAUUUUUGUAUGAAGGCUCCCAAUAAACUUGGCAAAUUUGAUGGUUCAUUUUCUUUUUGUUAUCAUUUUGGGGAGUUUUCAAUGCCAGGUUAAUGCCUCUGUGAUUAAAGUCCUAAUUACAGUA